UCCUUCGAGCUGCGGCGAGGCCAUCGGCCGUCGCCUCCAACUGGAGCUAUUUCUGCGGAGCGCCUCCCCGGGCGGACCCGGCCGCACUGCGCUCGGGUGCUGGGUCUCCCAGCCUCCGCCCCGGUGCGGGGGCGUCAGGCUCGCGCGUGCGCAACGCGGGACGCGAGGGGGCGCGGACCCUCUGCUGGCGCGCUCGCUGACCCAGCACUGCGCGACCCGGCAGCCGGGAGGCGGGCAGGGAUGAGCUCUCCGGCGCUGCAGCCCCAGUAAGGAGGAUACCCAGGGACAGGAGGAGCACAAGCGGCCGGCGCUGCGCAGGGGCAUGGCGUUCCUGUCCGGGCCGCGCCUGCUGGACUGGGCCAGCUCACCUCCGCACCUGCAGUUCAAUAAGUUCGUGCUGACCGGCUACCGGCCGGCCAGCAGCGGCUCGGGCUGCCUGCGCAGCCUUUUCUACGUGCACAACGAGCUGGGCAACAUCUACACACACGGGCUGGCCUUGCUGGGUUUCCUGGUGCUGGUGCCAAUGACUAUGCCCUGGAGUCAGCUGGGAAAGGAUAGCUGGCUGGGGGGCACACACUGUGUGGCCUGCCUGGUUCCCCCUGCUGCCUCUGUGCUGUAUCACCUCUUCAUGUGCCACCAAGGGGGCAGUUCUGUGUACGCCCGGCUUCUUGCUCUUGAUAUGUGUGGGGUCUGCCUCGUCAACACCCUCGGGGCCCUGCCCAUCAUCCACUGCACCCUGGUCUGUAGGCCCUGGCUGCGCCCGGCUGCCCUGGUGGGCUACACCCUGCUGUCUGCUAUAGCCGGCUGGCGAGCCCUCACUGCCCCUUCCACCAGUGCCCGACUCCGAGCCUUUGGCUGGCAAGCUGGGGCCCGUCUGCUGGUGUUUGGGGCCCGUGCAGUAGGGCUGGGCUCAGGGGCUCCAGGUUCCCUGCGCUGCUAUCUGCGCAUGGAUGCGCUGGCACUGCUUGGAGGGCUGGUGAAUGUGGCCCGCCUACCAGAGCGCUGGGGGCCUGGCCGCUUCGACUACUGGGGUAACUCCCACCAGAUUAUGCAUCUGCUCAGCGUGGGCUCCAUCCUACAGCUCCACGCCGGUGUUGUGCCUGACCUGCUCUGGGCCGCCCACCACGCCUGUCCCCCAGACUGAGCUGCCUCCUGCCUCCUGUGCCAGCUUGCCCACAGCCUCCUGGAACCAAUAAUGCCACCUUCCCUCCUUCUGGUCUGCAAGGGGCUGGCUCCCUUGAUGCUUACAGCGCUUGAGACUUCCCAGCUGGGAGCCCUUGUCUGUUCAUUCUUCCCUCUGAACUAACCUCUUCUUCCACCCAGGCCUUGGAACUCCAACUUCCCCUCCCUGCCUUCUUCCUCCUGGGUACUGUGUCAGCUGCAAGGAAACCUUUCCUUCUCUGGACCUGUUUACCCUCUAUUACCUGUGAAGGUUGGGCCAGAGAGACUCUAAGGUUAUAUCCUGUUCUGACAGCUGGAGUCCUGCAAACUUGCCAUACCUGCCAACCCAGACCCAUCAUCCCCCGAUCCUGCCCUCACAGGUCUCUGGACUAGCCCCUCUGGCCCCUGCUUCCUAACCUCCAUCUCUGCCUUGCAUGCCAGCCCUCCCAGCAGCCAGAAGCCCUGCCACCUUUCUCCAUUUAAAGAUUGGAGUAAGGGUCUGGGGCAGCAGGACCAGCCCCUUUUCCCAAGACCCAGUGGGUACUGGAUCUUCUUGCACCAGCUGGACAAGGGACAUGAGGACAGUGGCUGCUUUUCCCAGUUAACAGAAACAGACAUGAAGUGAGUGACUCUGGACCCAGGCCCCACUGGGCUAAAGGUCUGCCCCCACCUUCAGUGCCAUGAUCUGAUGGCUCCCUGCCUGCUGGGAACAUGCCCACUCAGGAAAUCUCUAUCCCACACAGUGUGUGGUGCCAGUCUGCUGAGCCAAGGCCUGGGGCCCUGGGAUCUACAGCAGGGCUCAGCCUCAUAGCAGGAUCCUCCCAGCAGCCCAAGACCCUGGGCUACAUCAAUAAAGGGACAGAAAAUGCUCUAUUGCCACUAGA